AGAAGACGCCUGAAAUAAAAGAUCCUCGACCUCAAUCAACUUUCCUGGCCACUCUUAAAAAAUCACCACCCAUUUUUCGGGCCAAAACACCUGAAUGUCUCAACGCAAAGAAGCCAGUCAUGGAAUCCAUCAAAGAACUCCAAGAGCAAUAUUCCGAGUCCAUGAGUUCAGAUAAAAAAUCUCUACCACCGAUUGAAACCAAAGAGCGAGAUUUCUUGGAACUGAGUGACGCUCGCUCGUCAUCUGUAACUCCAAAAAAAGAUACAGUCUCUCGUUCUGAGGCUGAGAAAACACCAAAGCCUGCUGUAGAACAAAAUGUCAACCCUGGUGACCCUGAUGUGGGCUUGACCAUGUUAACAAAUAACCCCUUCGCUGACGACGGCGAGCUCGGGGCGAGAGAAUUCCAACAGCUAGACGUGAAGCCAGGUCACGGGGUCCACGUGGUCUCGCCAGGCACAGGAAACUGUCCAGACAAGGAACGGCAGACAAACUUCGCGGAUACCGAGCUAUUUCAAGACUCAUACCUGCACAGGAAAGAAUUGCAAGACGCUGUCGGAGCAGCCGGAAAUAUCAAUAAACACGUUGAAGUGAAAUCCGAAACACAUUCGUCC